AUGAGUGCUGCCACAUCCACCUCGACCGUCUUGGUUCUCGGGGGCGACCAGGAGAAAGGUCGCACUGUCGAUGUUGAACGAUCGGCAGCCCUAGAGGCGUUCCCCGACCAGGACAAGGACAAAACCGACGAAGAAAAGAAGAAAAUUGAUCGAGAUUUAGUACGGAAAGCCGAUCUUUGGCUCGUGCCAUGGCUUGCGGUUCUAUAUUGCUUUUGCUUCAUCUGCCGUACAAACAUUGGCAAUGCCAAGCUCCAGGGCAUGGAGACCGCUCUGGGGAUGAGCGGUAUCGACUACAACAUGUCCCUGACCAUCUUCUUCAUCGCAUACGCCUUCUUUGAUCCCAUCACCAACGCCAUUCUUAAAAAGUCGUCGCCGCGUAUCUUCUUCACCUUAAUCAUGGUUGUUUCCGGCGUUAUCGUGACGCUCACCGGACUCUGCAGCAACUAUUCGGGUCUGCUGGCGGCGCGAUUCUUCCUCGGAGUCGCCCAGUCAGCGUUCUUCCCCGGCGUCAACUACUACUUGUCUUGUUGGUACAAGUCCAGUGAAAUCGGUCUGCGCAGUGCCGUCUUCUUCUCAGCGGCUGCCCUUGCCGGCUCCUUUUCAGGACUCUUGGCUUUCGGCAUCGCAAAGAUGGACGGUGUUGCCGGACUCCAGGGAUGGGCAUGGAUCUUUAUCUUGGAGGGAAUUGCCACGUUCUUGGCUGGUGUCGUCUGCUGGUUCAUGCCUCUUGACUGGCCCGCCACCGCACACUUCCUCUCGGCCGAAGACCGGAUCCGCGUUCAGCGCCGCCUUCUCCUCGACAAGCAGUCCGCCGUCGCCGAGCACUUUGACAAGCGAUAUGUUUAUGAGGCUUGCAAGGACUGGAAGACCUACGGAUACAUGCUUGUCUAUACUGGCUGCUUGAUGCCUCUCUACGCUUUCGCCCUGUUCCUGCCAACAAUCAUCCAAGGAAUGGGAAAGUCUGGAGCUACUGCCCAGAUUCUCAGUGUUCCGCCUUAUGCUUGUGCGGCCGUCUUCACUAUUAUCGUGGGCUACAUCGCUGAUCGCACUCGCUGCCGUGGCUGGUGCAACAUCGCCCCAACCCUGCUCGCAAUUGUCGGUUUCGUCAUUCUGAUUGCAACCGACAACGUGAACGCGCAGUACGCAGGCACAUUCCUCGGCGCCAUGGGCAUCUACCCCACCAUCCCCAACUCCCUCUCGUGGGUUUCCAACAACACUGAAGGUUCUUUGAAGCGCGCCAUUGCCCUCGGAAUGGUGAUUGGCUUUGGAACACUCAACGGUGCCGUCUCCAGCAACAUCUACAUGACCAAGGAAAAGCCGCGAUACUGGACUGGCCACGCUACAGUCCUGGCCUACCUGGUUGUCUGUUUGCUCGGAGGAAGUCUGCUUGUGCAUUUCGCACUGGCUGCUGAGAACAAGAAGAGAAAGAAUGGAGAGCGAGAUUCGAUGUUUGAGAAGCUGUCUAAAGGCGAGCUGUUGAUCAAGGGCGACAAGAGACCUGAUUUCAUCUACACACUUUAG